AUGAAACUGAUAGCCGCAGCACUUGCCACUCUCCUCCUUGCUGUACCACUGACAGCCAAGACAUUCCAAAGCAUUACUGACUUUCAAGGCUUAAAUUCUCUUGCAACUACACCCUUUCCAAACUUCACUGAUAAGGCCUUCAAUCAUGGAAAACCAAACGUUUCGGGAAAUGAAACAUAUAACUUGUUGAAGGGUUUAGACAUUAAAUUUCUGAAAGACGUCGUUCAGAACAACUUGCUACAGAAUCUGGCGACGAACACUGACUGGAACGUUGGUUCAGUGAUGCUGUCUGUUCUGCAAAACGCCCUCUCUGACACCAAGCGAGUUAAAAGUUUAGUUACCGAUGGACUGGGCUUACACGAAGACUUCGCAAAACCUCUGAUGAAACUCCACUUGGAACUCGAUAAGCUUAAAUCUUCGUCAGUAGCAAAAGGCCCUGAGGAAGAGGACACAGUACAGGGUAACACUGGAGAAAAUGUUCUCAGUCACUAUGACCAGAGCGAUAAGAAAGAUGAAGAUACAGAUAUGAACUGGCAAAUACUAAACGCCAUGAAAAAUGUCUUUGCUGGGGAGUUUGCUAAUCUUAGUUCCAUUCCAUUGCCCAGUGACCUACAGCUGAACUUUGGCAGUUCAAAUGAUCACAAUUUAACAGCAGCCAGCGCAUGGAUGAUUGUCAGAUCUACUUGGCAAAGAAUUCUAGCCUACGUCAAAGAGGAGCAUUCCAUUCAACGCUUCAUGCAGAUAACUCCAAUCAAGAUCAUCGACAGAGUCCUGAGUAUUGGAGACGACAUCAGCCUUGCCGGGUUCCUAGCACAGAAACUUUACCCAGAUUUCGCUCUGUUUUUGUCUGAAGGUAUCAGUCCUCAUCUUGGACCUUUCAAGGACUUCAAUAGCUUUUAUGAUCAUGCAAAAGAAUAUGGCUUGGAUGGUAUCAUUGAUUACUUAACCUCACCAAAGUUAGCCAGUAACAUGAACGCCCUCUCGAAAUUCAUUUCCGCGUACUUUGACGAUACUUUUUCUGACGACGUUGUUGAUCAGUAUAUUACUUUCAUUUCCCUCAAUAACACAGAGCUGUACAAUUUUUACAAGUCUAUCGUUAACCAUCAAAAGGCAAAACAUCCUGUCGAUACUAAAACUGGCAGGCAAAAGAGAGAAGAUAUCAACAAGGCCAUAAACAGUUUUAAAUAUGACGGUUAUGACUUUGAACUUAAGAAAUAUAAGUCAGGUUCAGACAACAUUGCUGAAAGAGACAGUGGAUAUGGAGGCAGUGGACAUGGUGAUGGAUAUGGCAGUGGCGGUGGUGGCGGCCACAGUGGAGGUUAUGGAGGUGGCCAUAGUGGAGGAUAUGGUGGAGGAGGAGGAGGAUAUGGAGGAGGGUAUGGUAGCCACAGUUCAACGACUACAGAUCCCGCUGUCUUGCUGAGUUCCGUCGCGCUCGGAGCCCUUCUGGGUUUCCUCCUGUUUCGACUCAUCAACGGGUCCAGAUACUUCGGCAAGAGAGACAUCAACGAUGGGUCGCUGUCUCUUCUGCUCUCAGAUCAGCCAGAGGCCCAGGUGCCUUGGGGCACAAAUGCCGAAAGGAUGAAGAGGGACGUCUCGCACAAUGGCAGCCACACCGAAGAGGACAUGUUUGAGAUCCCUGCAUACACGAGAGGGGAAGUGUGGUCGACCGAUCCUUUCUUGGGAAGUGACACGGAGGGAUUGGAUGGCGAUGAUAUGGCUGACCAUCUCAACCAUCUGUGGAUGGUCUACAAUGAAACCAAGGAGGCCGGAUGCGUCCAGUCACAUCUCUGUGAUGUGGUUGCCAAAGGGACGGCUGAGUACCUUACUGGCAAAGAAUCUAGCAUAGCCAUUUUGUUAGCGUCUGUGAGCAACAUGAUGGGUGUCGAGAAAGCUGGACAGAUGGUGGAUGAUGUCAUACAAACGCUGGUUGUUGGCAGUAACUAUGCCUGCCCCGUUCAGUCCCACUAUACUCACAGUACAAAUCGUUCACUUCACUCAGCCAGUUACUCAUCAGAUGAUGGCAGCAGCGCCUACGAUGAGAGGAGUUCUAAUUACUCGCCAGACAUUGGAAGCUAUGGAGGUACAGGGUCCUAUUACAUACCAGACAGUUUAUACCUGAGGGACGCCAAUUCAACAGACUCAGCAGACCUCGAUCCUGCCAGCAGACAGCUGGCAAGAUACGGAGUCAGUAGCGGCCAUGUUUAUGACCCUGCCAGAGACGGGUAUGGUUACGGAGGAGGCGGGUACGGUGGUGGGUACGGAGGAGGCUAUGGUAUGACAAUGGACCCUUACAUGAUCAUAGGGUCACUCAUACUGGGCUCGAUUCUGGGAUUUCUCUUGUUCCGAGCCCUGAGGGGCACCCGCAGGGGGAGGCGAGACAUCAACGACGGGUCCCUGUCCCCUAUGGGAACUCGGAUGUCCCCAACAGCCUGUUUCUGGGAUAACAGUGGCAACCUUCUUGAUGAGAAUGACAUAGCUGAUCACCUUAAUCAUCUCUGGGAGAUUUACCAGAAGAGCAACCAGACUUCCUGCGUCCGGUCUCAUCUCUGUGGAUUUAUGGCUGGAAGACUGCUGAGCAUCGUUACGAGCAAAGACUCCAGUUGUAACUCUCCUAAUCUAAGAAAAUAUACUUUUUUCAUACAUUUCAGGGCAUCUCUGAGUAACAUGCUUGGAGUGACUGGGCCAGGUCAGCUAGUGGACAACGUGACCCAAAGUCUGGCUAUGGGUAGUUUUUAUUCUUGUCCCAGCCUCUGA